GGUAACGACAGAGUCUCGAAUUAAGAAUAAGAAUGCCUCAGAUCAGCAGUACUAGUGUAAUCGAGGAAUCAAAGCUCCCCUUACUAGAUCAUCAUUUAUGUUCAACCAUUCACUCGAAUAACAAAAACGAUGGUCAUGAGCUGCGUGACUACUUUUCGCAAAGGUUUUGGAUCGAAUCGAAGAAACUAUGGCACAUUGUUGGCCCUGCAAUCUUCUUCCGUGCCACCAACUACUCCAUGAUAGUAAUCACCCAAAUCUUUGCCGGUCAUUUGGGUGAUCUUGAGCUAGCUGCAAUCUCACUUGCUUACAAUGUCAUCAUUGGCUUCGACUUUGGUCUUUUGUUAGGACUGGCAAGUGCACUAGAAACGUUGUGCGGCCAAGCUUUUGGAGCCAAAAAGUAUUACAUGUUAGGUGUAUACCUGCAGCGUGCAUGGAUUAUUUUGUUCAUUUGUUGCGUUCUGAUACUGCCUUUGUUCCUAUUUACCUCUCCAAUCUUGAGACUCAUGGGACAACCUCGGGAGGUGGCGGAGUUAACUGGGGUGGUUGCCGUUGGGAUUAUACCACUUCACUUCUGCUUGGGAUUUCUGUUCCCCCUGCAGAGGUUCUUGCAGUGCCAGCUUAAGACAGGAGUGAUCGCAUGGCUGUCUUUGAUAGUGCUUCUGAUGCAUUUGAUCACAAGCUGGUUGUUUGUGUAUGUGUUCAAGCUUGGGGUGAUUGGCACUGCUGUAACUUUGAGCUUCUCUUGGUGGCUCUUGGCGCUGGGGUUGCUGCUUUACACACUUUUUGGUGGCUGCCCCUUGACUUGGAAUGGUUUCUCCAUUGAUGCAUUUUCUGGUCUCUGGGAAUUCACUAAGCUCUCUGCUGCUUCUGGGGUCAUGAUUUGCUUGGAGAAUUGGUACUACAGGAUAUUGAUAUUGAUCACUGGAAGCCUUAGUAACGCAGAGAUUGACCUGGAUGCUUUAUCCAUCUGCAUGGCCAUUAGUAGCUGGCAGAUGAUGAUUCCACUGUCUUUCUUUGCUGGAGCUGGGGUGAGGGUGGCAAAUGAGCUUGGAGCAGGAAAUGGAGAAGGGGCAAGGUUUGCCACAGUGGUGUCGGUUGUAACAUCUACUAUGAUCGGCCUAGGAUGCUGGUUUGUGAUAAUGAUUUUGAACCACAAAAUUGCUCUUUUAUUCUCGUCUAGCGAACCUGUCCUGGAAAUGGUGGACAACCUCAAAGUUCUCUUGGCUUUUACCAUUCUGCUUAACAGUAUUCAGCCAGUUCUCUCUGGAGUUGCUGUGGGGUCGGGAUGGCAAGCAUACGUGGCAUACAUAAAUCUUGGUUGCUAUUAUUUGUUAGGGCUCCCGCUUGGAUACCUUCUUGGAUGGCAUUUCCACCAAGGUGUCAUGGGCAUAUGGGCUGGAAUGAUGUUUGGCGGAGUUGGGAUCCAGACUUUGAUAUUGGCCAUGAUUGUGGGUCGGUGCAACUGGGACAAGGAGGUGGAGAAAGUUAAUAUGAUUAAAGAGAAGUGGGAAGCCAUCGGAAAGAAACAGGAGGAGCGGUGCAUUUAAUAUAAUAUAAAGAUGAGCAGAUCGAUCUCCCAUUUUUAUUUUCCUGUUUUUGUCGGGCAUCGGCUAUUACUGGCUCUUGUAAUUUAUGGGAGUUCGACUGAAAUCACAUAAAAUGAGUACCGCUUUGGCAAUCCACAGUUGCCAUUGGGUCCUGAUCAAGGGAUAAAAACAUUAAUUUCUACUCAGUAGUGUGUUCAAUUUGUGUUUUUUAUAAAUUAAUAUUG